GCCUUCCUCAAACCUCAACUGCCCCUCAUGGGAUUUCUGCCCGCUUGUCUUCCGAGGCUGCGGUGUGGAUCUCGCACUGCGGCCGCCUCGCCUUGGCUGGGGAGAACCUCGGUGGGUAGGAUUCAGAGGGGCUUUUGGUUUCCCGUUUUCCACACUGAACCCUUCUAACUGGUCUCUGACCCUGAUUAUUAAGGGCUGCAAACAGGAAGGAUUUUAUUCACCAUUGAUGCGGCUCCGAGUAGUCCCAAAGCGAGGCAGUGCCCCCAAGGUCUGUGCUGAGAACGCUGCUCUGCCUUCGCGGUGUCUCCCGGGUGUGUGCUGAGCAGAACGCAGCUCCACCCUCGCGGUGCCCCUGGCCCGCCCGCCCGGGUCUGUGCUGAGGAGAACAUGCUCCGCUUCGCUGUAUCUCCGAAGUCUGUGCAGAGGAGAACUCAGCUCCGCCCGGGCAAUGCUCUCCGGGUCUGUGCUGAGGAGAAGGCAGCUCCGCCCUCGCAAAGGCACACGGCGCCGGCGCAGGCGCAGAGAGGCGCACGGGGGUACCCCUAGCGGGCCGAGGCCCACCUGUGGCUCGAACCAGGGUCUCCAGGGUCCACAGGGCCCAGAGCAGGAGCUGAUGGGAAGGCAUUUUCAUCGUGGGGGACCCAGGCCCUGCUUCUCCGUGGCGCGGGUUGUUUUUUUUUCUUUUUCUGUGACAGGUGCCUCACCACUCCUCCCUCAAAACUCACCUUCCCUCAUGGGCUUUGUGCUCCCAAAGCUCUCCUUGGGGUGCACGUAGCGGCUGAGGCACACCCUGAGCUCGAACCAGGGACACCAGGGUCCCCGGGUCCCAGUGCAGGGACUGAUGGGAAGACACUUUCGUCCGUGGGGAAUCAGGCCGCGCUUCUCUGCGGCGAAGUUUUUUUUUUCUCUGUCCCAGGUGACUCACCUUCCCCUUAUGGGCUUUCUGCCCACCUUGGGGUAACACUAGUGGCCCGAGGCGUACCCUGGGAUCAAACCAGGGACGCCAGGGACCUCAGUGCCAAGAGAACGGGCUAAGGAGAAAACAAUUUCCUCCGUGAGGGACCCAGACACUGCUUCUCGGCGGCGCGUUUCUUUACUUUCUCUGCCUCAGGUGCCUCACCUUCCGCUCAUGGACCAUUUGUUCGCUUUCUGGUACCGCAAGCGGUCCCGAAGCGCACCCUGGGCUCGAACCAGGGUCGUCACUGUCCACUCUGCCCAGGGUACGGCAUAAUGGGAAGGCACUUUAAUCCAUGGGGGACCCAGGCCCCGCUUGUCUGAGGCGAGGUCUCCUGUUUUUUUUCUGCCCCUGGUGCCUCACCUCUAUUCCCACAAACUUCAAAUUCAACUCAUGGGCCUUCUGUCCGAGUUGGGGUACCCCUAGUGGCCCGACGCGCACCCUGGGCGCCAACGACGGAUGCCAGGGUCCCUGGGAACCAGCGCAAGGGCUGAUAGGAAGACAUUUUCGUCAGUGGAUGACCCAGAAACCGCUUGGCGAUGCAUUUUUUUCUCUGCCCCAGGUGCAUCAACUUCCCCCCAUCAGCCUCCUGUCUCUCUGCACCUGCGCCGGCGCCGUGCUCUUCUCUGCGCCGCCACCGUUGCUGGGGGAUGGGUCCCUGAGACUUGGCGAAGUAGGAGUACUGGACUCGAGCACAGGCCCUGUCUCGCAGGUUUUCAGGUGCGCUUGGCGUUUCCUCCGCUUUGAGGGGCAGGUCUCCAGUGGCCCCCGGGCGCAGGCCUGGACAUCACUGUCCGUCUCGUCGUCGCCCACCACGGCCUCAGAGACACAGGCUCACUGCAUGUGCUCUUGGGGGACGUCAGUGCCACGUGUGGUCACACUGGCUCCGGCUCGGACUAGCCUCUGUCUCUCUUUGCCCGUGUCGCCGGAAGCCGCGUCGAGAUGCCGGAGCCCCCGGGCCUUGGAGAUGAAGGCAGGCCCCUGCUCCACCCAGGAAGGAGGGAGGCAGUGGGCUCGUGGGUCAGUGCCUUUGCAGGCGACAGCACGCCUUGCGGCCCUGGGGAUCUUUCUGUACCCCGGCGAGAGCCUUUCCGCCUCACUGCAUUGUAACCCCAUUCCGGAUCACCGGGUGGGAUCCAUCAUCGGAUCCCAAGAGGAGUCCGCGCAGCCCAGCCGACACCCCGAAGCUCCUCCUUCACCGGGAACCCAAGCAGAAGACCGAUCAAGGAGGUCCUGACGACAGGACUCCUAUGGGUCCGACCCUGGGUCUCCCGCAGGCCCCUCUGGUAGUCCUCUUCCCACCCGCCGCCCGGGACUGCGCCGCAGCCGCCGCCGCAACCUCCAGCACCGCCGCCCCAGUCCCCGCAGCCGCCGCGUCGCCGCCAUUUUUUAAAGGGUCGGCAGCAUGACUCUGCCGAGUAAGGGGGGGUGGGGCGGGUGAGUCGGCCUCGCCAGUGCGCAUGCGCGAGGCCCGAGCCGCCGCUUUGGUCACAGUGACCGCCAGCGUUGCCCGGGGAUGGGUCCCUGAGACUUGGCGAAGUAGGAGCCCUGUGUGAUCGUGCGUCAGAGUCGGGGCUGAGACCAGCCCUGGCCAGGGCAGUUACCAGGACGGUCUCCGGAGGCCGGGAUUCGCGGAGGGUCCACCAGCAGGAAGAAACCCCAGGAGGAAGAAACCUCAGACAGAUCGCCGAGGAGGCAGCGCGGGAUCCCAGCCUCAGGCGUGCGCGGACGGUGUGCGGAGAGGUAGAAGCAAGAGAAGCAUAAACAUAUAAUUUCAAUGCAAUAUGGGAAUUUUGUACAGAGUUCCUAAAAAAAGGGAUCAUGAUGCCAGUGUAUUGCCUCACUGAUUGCUAAAUGAAGAGGACUAUACUGAAGCAUUCAAAGAACGUGAUGUGCCUCUGGGGCAACUGAAGGAUUGCUAUCUGACUUAUGCAUUUAAAACCUUCGAAGUGGAAGUUUGUCUGGAAUGGCUUAGGCAAACAGACUGGGUUGGAUUGAGAAUUGAAUGUAUACAUAAAAUUUGGUUUGGUCAGAUGAGAACACCAAAUGUGGUAGCUAGCUCACCUUUAUUUAUGAGAUUUUUAUUGGGUUGAUUUGUCUUGAAAGAAUCAAAUCUAAGAGAAAUGUUUGGAAUGGCUAGAUGAUCCUAACAGAAGAAAUCUUACAGGUCUUUACUGCUAAACCUAAGGAGAUGAGAGUAAACAGUAAGUGGCCAACUCAAAGAAGCAUGGACUAUGUUGAAACAUGGAAUAUAGCUGCAAUUUCCCAGUGGUGCAGUUUUCAAGCGUUUUACCCCAGGAAAGAAAAAAAUAAAUAAAUGAAAAGUAGCCAUUUCACCAUUCAGAGGAUAGAUACUGUUGCCCAGUGAAAACUGCAUGAAUUAUGUAAUAGUUUUAUGCUUGUUUCCCCCACUCACCAUUCCAAAACUGUAAGACUUCAAGAUAGAACAGGAGGUAUGAAAUUUUAACAGCACAUAAAAAAAUAGUGAACAUUCUAUCCCCGCACUUCAUUGCCAUUACUAAGGCUAAGGCAGGACUGAGUUUAGAAUGCAGCAAAGCUUUGAAAUGUAUAAGAGAUAAUAUCUCUAAUAUUCAAAUGCACCAUAAACUCAAAACUUAGAAUCAAUCCUAUUUUUAAAAUACUGAAUGUGACAAGAAACGUUAUAAAAGUUUUCAAGAUAUCAGUAUAUGAUAGAAAGAGAUGUAUUGCUUUAGCACAAAUCAUUCUACAAAAAAAAAAAAAUUCUUCUAAAAUAAAUUACUUAUCCAUAUCCUACAAAUUUUCUUUUUUCUUUUUCUUUCUUUUUUUUUUUGAGACAGAGUUUCACUCUUGUUGCCCAGGCUGUAGUGCAGUGGCUUGAUCUCAGCUUACUGCAAACUCUGCCUCCCGGGUUCAAGCAAUUCUCCUGCCUCGGCCUCCCAAGUAGCUGGGAUUACAGGUGCCAGCCACCAUGCCCAGCUAUUUUUUUGUAUUUUUAGUAGAGAUGGGGUUUCACCGUGUUGGCCAGGCUGGUCUUGGAUGCCUGACUUCAGUUGAUCCACCGGCCUUGGCCUCCCGAAAUGCUGGGAUUGCAGGCAUGAGUUGCCGUGCCCAGCCACAAAUUUUCUUUUACCUUGGAAAACAUAUAUGCAAAUAUACUUGUCAACUAUCCGACAAAGGUCUUCGGUAUGUAUGUAUGGAUUCAUUGAACUUUGUUUCUUUUUACAUAAUGAAUAUUUUAUGAUUUUUAGCUUUGGUUUUUUGAAAUGAACCAAUAAAUUGAAGAGACACAAGAAGUAAUAUGUGUGUAAAUACCAGCACACUUAGCCCCUCAAAUAAACCUCUUACAGGUGUCUGACUCCUAAAUCCAAUUUGAUAUUUUUUCAGAACUUGUCUUUAUCAAUUAUUUACAUUCUGCUUUAUUUUCUGAUUUGUUUUUUUACUUUCACACUCACUUAUCAUUGUUUUACACAAUAGUUGUUUACUACAGUAACAAUUAUAUCUGACAUAAAUGUACUGAGGAACAAAACAACCAUCUUAUGGCAUACAAAUUAGCAGUGGGAGAAGGCUAACCCCAAACAUAUGCCAAGGCAGGGGCCAGGAAAUCCAGGGAUGUGGUUAGGCAGAAACUGGGAAGACACUUUAUAGCGAUUCCUAUCUUUGUUACAGACAUGAAGGAGAUAAAUUAUAAUAUGAAAAAAUGGCCCUCGCAGUUCUAAAGAGAUUAACUAAAAGUCUAGUACCUUUUAAAGAUCUGAAUAGGAAACACUUGUCAUUUAUUGUCUCUAAGGGCAGCCACUGUAAGACUUCAAAAGAACCUUGGUCUCCACAGUCUUUUAUCUUAACCUGAACAUUCCUUUUCUAUCAAUCCCAGGUCUUGAAUCAAACUCAACCAAUUAUCAACCAGAAAAUGUUUAAAUUCACCUAUAGCCUGGAACCAACCCCCAAACCCCAAUACCCUCCCAUCCCCCAACCCCCCUGCCAGCCCCAACCCCUCCCACCCCCACUCCCUCUGCUUUGAGUUGUCCCACCUUUCUGGAUCAAACUGAUGUAUUUCUUAAGUGUAGUUAAUUGAUGUCUCAUGCCUCUCUAAAAUGUAUAAAAGCAAGCUGCAUCCCAACCACCUUGGGCACAUGUUCUCAGGACCUCCUGAGUGCUGUGUCACUGGCCAUGGUUACUCAUAUUUGGCUUAGAAUAAAUCUCUUCAAAUAUAUUUUUUUAAAGAAGAAAGAAAAAGGAAAAACAAAUGCUUUUGCAGAAGCCAAGAAGAAAGUGAAGGGAAAUAAAUGAGAGUGGAAAAAUGAGAGAUCAAUCGUGGUGAGAUAUGCUUUUUUUGGCAAUUAAUUGCAACAAAUGCCCCAAAUGCCAAUUAUAACAUAGUUUGCUAUCUACCAUUGCUUUAUUUAACUGAAGUAUUCAACCAUAGAUAUGGAAAAAAGACUGACCUAGUUUAGAAAAGUUCUAUCCUGAUACAUUUAAGCACUAGAGAGUAUACACAAAUAAAAACACAAACUUAACUUUUCUUAAAAACUUUUACUGAGUCAAAUAUUAAAAGAGAACACUUGUUUGUAAAGCAUCUCAUGAAGUUGAUUUUUGAUUUUUCAGUCCUUCAGUAACUAAUAAUCUUUAUUUUGACAUUGAUGGUUAUCCAAUGGAAGAAUAACUGCAAGAUAUUAAUAAUAGAAAUCAUUUGCAUCAGCCAGGUACAGUGGCUCACUCCUGUAAUCCCAGAACACUGGGAGGCCAAGGUGGGCAGAUCACUUUAGCCCACGAGUUGGAGACCAGCCUGGGCAAUGUGGCAAAACCUUGUUGUUCUACUAAAGAUACAAAAAUUAGCUGGGCAUGGCGGCAUGUGCCUGUAGUCCCAGUUACUCAGGAGGCUGAGAUGGGAGGAUUGCAUGAGCACACUGCACUUCAGCCUGGGCAACAUAGUAAGAUCCUGUCACACAAAAAAAAUCAUUUGUGUCAAAUGAUUUUUGUAUCAAAGCUUUCAGAAAAAGGAGUGGAAAGAAAAUUUAAAAAGCUUUUGUCCAUCAUUCUUAGAUGUCAUAUUCAAGUAAAUAUUUCUUCAGACUUAAUAAAAAAAAUUGAACAAUAAUAACAAGUGUGAUUGUAUUUCCAUUAACCUGAAAUUUACUGCUAUUUCAAAUUCUACUCAAUUUAGAGUUUUUAAGAUUAAAAACAAGAAAUAUUAAAUAGAAGUUACAAUAUUUUUGAAGUAAUUGGUGAGAAUUUGUUUAAUAAUGCCUACGUAUUUGGUAAUUUGAUCUUAGUUCUACAAAUUUCACUAUCACAAACUCUUCCCUGUCCGUUACCUCAGCUACAAGAUUUAUCAGACUGUCAAUGACGACUAUGUCACAUAUGGUAGUGCCCUUUGCUUUAAUGAGGGUGAUUAGCUAAAAUUGAUGUUCAUUGCCUUAGUACAGAUAUACUAUAUUUAGAUAUAUUUAACUCUAUUACACAUACUGCAAACACAUACUCUUGUUGUCUUCUACACUAUUAUAUAUUUUACUUGUUAUAGUAGAUAUUUAUUUUAGAUGAAUAACUAAGUAUAAUAAAAUAGAUAGCAGAGGAAUUAAUUAUCUCACAUGGAUAUCAUUUCACCUGAUCUUGAUGAACAAGGAAAUAGGUGAUUUACCCAGGAAUAAAUAUAAAGUUCUGUAUGGUUUGGAAAGCACAAAUGGUCACCUAAUUUUGAAACACUUUAGGUAAAUUCCCAUUCAGAAAAACAUUUAUCACUUAUAUAACUAAUGAAAUGCUUAGGGGAAAGUGUUUUGGCUGUCAAAGAACCAUACUUUGCUUUUAGAGACUAUGUUUGUAUUUGAAUAUUUCAUAAAAACUAUUUCUAAGCCAAGGGAAAAAAAAACUAAAUAAACAGGCAAAGAUCUAUUUUUGAAAGUGAAAUAUUUACAUAUAACCGUAGUUAGAAAAGAAGUGGAAAUCAGUAUGUGAUUUCAGAUGAUUGCAUAUUUUAUAACUAUUAGGGUUAAAGUGCAUUAGAGCUUCCUGUUGCCAGUUGCUGAGAGGCUUUGAUUCAGAGGUAGCAUCUGUACAAAAAGAUACUGCCAUUUUUAUGAUAAAUGCUUUUUAAAUUGAACUAGAAAGUAAAUAGUCACACAUUUUGAAAAAAAUAUGAAUUUUUAAAAGUCUGUGUUUGAACAUCAAUAAAGAAACAAACGUAACUAUGAAUUAAGAGAAAUCUAGAAAUACUUUAUUUAAACAAAAACAUUGCAAACAUUUAUGUCAUAAUAUUUACUUUCUUAAAAUAGAAACAAAAGCAGUUGGAGAUUUAAUUCACUAUAAGAAAGAAAAGCUUUUGUACAUAAUGUUUUCUAAGGUAGUAAAUGUAAACCUAAGUAACAUGGCAUGGAAUGAAAAUAAAUUACUGAGAAUGGCUUUGUAUUGAUUACGUAUGUUCUGAAAUUUUUCCGUAUUGAAACAAAUCUACACAGUGGAGGAAAAUAUGUACUUAAAACUGGCAUCUGAUGUGAUUAGUGUAUUACAUACAUAAAAAUUUGCAAUAGUCUCUGAAGAGAAAAUGAGAUUUCUACCUUUUCCAUUUCCAAUUCAGUCCAGUCAUUUUGGUGUAUUUCUCUGAUAGUGUCUCUAUUAAAAUGUAAUUUAUUUUAUUUUAUUUCUAUAAAUUUAUGGAGUGCAACUGUAAUUUUGUUACAUCCAUAGGUUGCAUAGUGAAGUUAGGAUGUUCAGCAUAUUCAUCACCUAAAAAGCAUAUCUUGUACUCAUUAAGUAAUUUCUUAUCAUUUACUCCCCUCUCACUCUCCCCCAACUCUUCCAAGUCUUCAUGUCCAAGUCUCUAUCAUUGCACACUGUAUGUCCAUGUGAAUGCAUUAAUUACCUCCCAUUUAUAAAUGAGAACAUGCAGUAUCUGUCUUUCUGUGUCUGACUUUCAUCUAAGAUAAUGUCCUCCAGUUCCAUCCAAACUGCUCCAAAAUACAUGUUUCAUGAGUAUAUUAUUUUUAAAGGCUGAAUUGUAUUCCACUGUGUAUAUCAUCAUAUUUUCUUAUCUUUAGGUGGAAAUCUUUUUUAUUAUACUUUAAGUUCUGGGGUACAUGUGCAGAACUUGCAGGUUUGUUAUGUAGGUAUACACGUGCCAUAGUGGUUUGCUGCACUCAUCAACCUGUCAUCUACAUUAGGUCUUUCUCUAAAUGCUAUCCCUCCCCUAGCCCCUCACCCUCUGACAGGCUGUGGAGUGUGAUGUUCCCUUCCUUGUGUCCAUGUAUUCUCAUUGUUCAGCUCCCACUUAUGAGUGAGAGCAUGCAGUGUUUGGUUUUCUGUUCUUGUGUUAGCUUGCUGAGAAUAAUGUUUGCCAAUUUCAUUCAUGUCCCUGCAAAGGACAUGAACUCAUCAUUUUUUAUGGCUGCAUAGUAUUCCAUGAUGCAUAUGUGCCACAUUUUCUUUAUCCAGUCUAUCGUUGGUGGGCAUUUGGGUUGGUUCCAAGUCUUUGCUAUUGUGAACAGUGCUGCAAUAAACAUAUGUGUGCAUGUGUCUUCAGAGUAGGAUGAUUUAUAAUCCUUUGGGUAUAUACCCAGUAAUGGGAUUGCUGGGUCAAAAGGUAUUUCUAGUUCUAGAUCCCUGAAAAAUUUCCACACUGUCUUCCACAAUGGUUAAACUAAUUUACACUCCCACCAACAGUGUAAAAGCAUUCCUAUUGCUCCACAUUCUCUCCAGUAUCUGUUGUUUUCUGACUUUUUAGUGAUCUCCAUUCUAACUGGAGUGAGAUGGUACCAUCUCACAUUUUCUUUAUCAAAUCAUCUAUUUGUGGACACUUAGGUUGAUUCAGUAUCUUUGCUACUGUGAAUAGUGCUGGGAUAAGUGCUGGUAUGUUUAUGAUAUAAGGAUUUCAAAUAGACUGUAAGAGUGUAAAAAGUUUCCACUGAACUUUGGACUGGAAAUAUGAUAAGAGAAGAUCCUUUCACUAAUAGAGGCAGAGCAUUAAGAGAUAAAAUCGAUAACUAAUUUUAUGCUGCACUAAACAGGGAAGAAAGAGAAAGUGAGUAAAAAGCAAGUUUUGUGAUUGGCCAGGCUUUGGAUUACAUAACGAAAAUAGACAAACAUACUUUAUUAAGCAUAUUGCAUAAUCUGUGCUACUUUCAGCUUAUUUAUAUUCAUUUAAUCCCUCAUUCAACUUAAUAUAAUAUCCUCUUUUCCUUCCUGGCUUUCUACCUGCCUGUUCUCAUUCAUUAACUUGUUUUAGCCAAUGAGUCAUGAGUAGCUACUCUGUUCAGGCAUUGUUCUCAGUUCUAGUGAUACAGUAGCAUACAAUUUUAACAAAAUAUCACCCUCAUGAAGCUACAUUUUAGAGGAAGGAACUCAGUGAACAAGUCAACAGAAAAAUAUAAAAUAUUUUAGAAUACAAAUAAUUGAUAUGAAGGAAAACCAGUCAAAUGAGGGGUAAGACAUAUUCAAGGUAGAGAACAAUCUACAAUUGAACUGAGCCCUGAACAAAGAGAGAAAAUAAGCUAUACAUAAAUUUGGGGAAGAACAUUUCAGGAAGAGGGAAGUGUACAGGCUCUAAUGAAAUCAAAAAGCUAGUGUAUUCCAAAAAGAGCAAAAAAUCAUUAUGCUUGAAAUUGAAUUGAAUGAGCAAUGAGAAGAAUAGUAAAAAUGAGAUCAAACAAUAAUCUAGAGCUAGAUCAGAAAAAAGUCUAAAAGCUAAAAUGAAGGUAUGCAUCUUAUUCUAGAGUGUGAAGAGAUCUGAUCAGGAGAACUACAUGAUCUGAUUACUAUUUCAAGAUAAGGAUUCUUGAUGCUAUUUGGAAAAUGAUGGCCUACUAUAAUGAUAAGAGAUUAUUUUAAAUAUGUAGUAAUGAGAUAAAAAUACAUGAAUGAAUGUUUUUAUUUAUAAUGAGCAUACCAGUGUGUAGCCUCUUUAGUACUUGUAUACUUGGAAGCAGUUUAUUCUCCGAAGAUUUUUUUUUUAUUUCUUCUCUAACUUGUUUAUUCUUUUUAAAUUUAAUGUCAAUAUAAUAUGUUUUAACUUUAAAAAUUUAGGUGCUUUAUGAGUGGAAUCUCAGUUAAAAAAUGUUAUUAUUCAGUAGGUACUAAAUUGAGUUCCUGUUUUACUUUACAAACCAAGCACCAUAGGUUAUUACAGAAAACCAUUAUAAGUCAAAUUUUUUAAAAGUUUCUUCAGUGAAGUAGACAUUACAAAAGUUAUAUUUAAACACAACACUAUGAACUCAAGUCACAGAGGCAAAGAGAAACUAUUGUAUUUGCUUUGAGCAUCUACACAUUGUAAAAAAGGUUAUUGAAUGCAAUUCAAAUCUAACUUCAUCUGAGGAUAACCCCAGGCACUUUGUGCCUGUAUUUCUUGUAGUUUUGUACUGACUAUUGGAAACUCAUUCAGUUUUGCCUUAAAGCACCCAGUAACCUAUGAACAAAAUGCAUAAAAACUAUUACAUGAUGUUCAGCCUUUGUAGACCAAACACAACAGGUAUAUGCAAUUGCAUAGUGCUGAUGACUCACAAAAACAAAACAAAACAAAACAAAACAAAACAAAACAAAAAACUCUGUCCUCAGACUGAUUUGUGAAAAUAACUAUUUAAUCUAAAAAUAAACUAAAGAGUGAAAAUGAGAAUUAGCAAAUAGAGUUGAAGGUGUGUCUCAAAAUGGAUUGUAUUUUAUAUAGCCUUUUACUAUAAUUAUUCUUAUAACAGGGCUUGUUUUCCUCUAUUAGACUGCAAAUGUGUUGGUUACUGAGGCGGUUGCACUUGUUUUUGUAUCACUUAUGAAACCUAGUAUAGUGCUUUGUAUUAUAGUAAUCAUUCAUUAGAUAUUAUGUGAAUGAUUUGAAUUAUAUUUCAUAGUAGCUCAAAGUUAGUCUUGAUGGAUAAAUGAAUGUAAUACAACCAUAUACAUUAUUAGUAAGGAACUUAAUAAUAUCAUGAAGUAUCUUUAACCAAAGUAAUAAUUAAAAAGUAGGAGUAAACCAUAAUAAGUUCAAAUUUAGAAUUUGAUAGAUAAUGGACAUUACUUUUUAGGCCUAAAUAUUGAAGGAUAGAUGUUUAUGAAACUUUGAGGUUCAAAUUAUUUGUAGAAAUGUUUAUUUAAUAUUAUAUUCAAGAUAUUAAAAUGACAACAAUAGGAAAAUGUAUAAGAGAUUUGUUAAACACAUCCUGAAAGCAUGGAAAUAACCAUAUAUGUUAGCCUAAUGCAUGAAAUAGUAUAGCAAAUAUAAGCAGGAUGUUUUCAUUUUUAUUUUAGAAUUGUGUUUAUCACUGGAUAGAGAUAAUAAAUUUAUUCUAUUUAUUUUUUGCUGUUAAACAUAUACUUUAAUAAACUAAACACAUUUGUUUCUGCAGUGGAUGGUAAUAUGUUUGUCACAGGUAAAAUUGUCACUUGGGUAAAUUUUAUCUCAAGCAACUCCUUUUUAGUUUUAAUACUUUCUAUGUUGCCCAAAUCAAGUCUUAUUUCCAUGAAUCACUGUUUUAUGUAAUAAUUUUCUUGGUGAGGUCAAUUUACAUAGUUUUGGUACUUUCAUGUCAGAUUUCUAAGGUAGUAUAAUUUAGUUUAGAGGAAGAAUUUCUACACAGAUCAUGUAAUUGUCUCUUCAUUAUAUAUCAGGAUAAAAUCUAUAAAAAACAAAAUUGGUUUGAGAACAAAGCUGUCAUUACUUGCAAGAUGAAAACAGAAAAAUUGCAUGUGUUUAUUAAAACACAGAAGUAUAUUCCUGUGCAAAUUAAUGCAGAUUCUGAAGUGAAAGACAGGACUUUUGAGAGAUUUUGAGUCCAAGGGUUCACCUCUUCAAACACAACUGAAAAAACUCAAUUUUUUUAUUUUUAAAUCUAAUCAGUUUAUAUAUGCCCAGGUCCAGCAAAAAGAAGCUGGGUUGAUAAUGUGUUUUGCAGUUAUUCAAGCUAGUUUGAAAGAGUACCUGGCAGUGAUUGUGAAGACCAAUGAUUGUGCUACUAAGGUCUCUCAAUUGCCAGACACCCACCAAGUAUUUUUUAAAUAUGCUAUUCUGUUUUGAAACUCAAAACCUUGUAUUUUUGUUAAUCUAGUUACCUGCCACAUCAAACAGGAAUCCAAAGUUUCAUAACCCUGCUGUGUUCUCUGGUUACUAGAAAUAAGCAUAUUUUUGAUGUUUUAACAACCUUUUAAAAUAAUAAUUUCUAAUAAUGAAAUAGAAUAUUUCUAUUUUAAGUAGCUAUUGGGUAUAUCUUUACAUAACUAGAUGAUUAUAUUGAAUGGGUUUUUUAGAUGAAUGAUGUGCAUGGGUAGAUAUUUUUAAAAUGAAAUAUGUUUUUUCCUUUUUUACUUAAAUUUCUUUUUAGAACAUACUGUUAUGAACAUUAACAUUUAUUCAAGUCCUUGGGACAAUUCUUCUUCAGUUACCCAGUAAAAUUUUCAUGAUCUCUGCAAAACAUAGAUUAGAAAUAUAAAAUAACAUAAAUUUUAGAAUACAGUGAGAUGACUUACACAAUUUGAUAAUAUUUUAUAUAAUAUUUUAUGAUUAACCAGUUAACUGAAACCUAAAAACCUGUAUUAACUGAUUAAUAUUGCAGCAAAAUGUCAGUUCAUGUUAUUGUAUCAAUCACUUGUGGAUACAUGAUUAUGCUGUCGUGAUAUGAUUUCUAACAAUUGUCUUGUCAUUUUUAGCUUUUACUAUUAUAAUUUUAAUUAAAAUAUAUUAAAGUCACUAUGUCAUAACAGACUUUAUAUUGUGCCAUGCAGUCCUAUUGCUCUUUUGUUUCAAAUAUCAUAUAGUCUAAAGCAAUGAUUCUCAUUAAAUACAUGCAUCAAAAUCAACUGCAGUUAUUACAUGCUAACUCAAACUUACAAAAUCAAGCUCUCUGUGAUCCUGGUUAAUAUAUCUAAGUACUUGAGCCGAUAAUCCAAGUACUUUGGGGGGUCGAGGUGAGAGGAUAGCAUGUGGCCAGAAGUUCAAGACCAGCCUGGGCAACAUAGCGAGACUCCAUCUCCACAAAAAAAUGUUAAAAAUUAGCCAGACAUGGUGGUGCAUGUCCUACUCAGGAGGCUGAGAAAGGAAGAUUACUUUAGCCCAGGAGCUCAAAGGUGCAGUGAGCUGUGACUGCACUCCAGCCCAUCUAAAAAAAAAAAAAAAAAAAGGAAAGAAAAGAAAAAAAGAAAUAAAAAGGUAUACAUAUUUUUUUUCUGAAGUGGAUGGAAAUAUGUCAUGUCAGAGGUAAAUUGUGACUUGAGUAAGUUUUAUGUUGAGCAACUCUUUUUGUUUACAUUUUCUGUGUUGCCCAAAUAAAGUCUUAUUUUCAUAAAUCACUGCUUUACAUAACAACUUUUCCUGCAGCCCUGGGUAUGGUGGCACACAGUUGUAGUCCCAGGUACACUGGAUGCUGAGGCAAAAGGAUCAUUUGAACCCAGAACUUCAAGGUCAACCUGGGCAACAUAGCAAGAUCCUAUCUGUAACAAAAAUUUUUUUAAUGAUAAUUCUCAUGCAAAAUUCAGUUUGCACUGUUUUAAAAAAUGAAACGCUUAUAAGAGCAUGGUCAUAAGGCAAUUCUGACUUGGUGUCAAGCCAUUUAAACUUAGAUAUAACCUAGGAUUUAGGAUCCUUGCUAUUGUUUACAUAGUAAGUCCACAUUUAAUAUCAGUAGAUUAUUGGAAACUGCAACUAUCAGCAAAAUGGUGAACAAUGAAACAAAUUUUACCAUAGGCCAAUUGAUACAACAAGAUAUAAGUUCCUACUGCAUAUUUCUGGUCACAAUAUUAUCACUGUACUUCUAAAUGGAGACUAAAACACUUAUAACAUUCAACACUGAAAUAAGUGUGAGGUAUACAUACAUUUUUAAAAAGAUUAAUAAAAACAAGUAAGAUGAUUAUUUACCCAAUUAUUCCAGUUCAGAGUCUCGGGUGGCAAGAACCUAUUCUUACUCAGCAUGCAAUGCAGGAAUAAACCCUGCACAGGAUGCUAUUCCAUGGCAGGGCACAACCACAUUCACUCACAUUGGGACACACAGUGGGGAAAUGCCAAUUAACCAGACAUGCACAUCCUGGGGAUGUGAGAGGAAGCAGGAGUUCCUGGAGAAAACCCAUGCAGGCAUGGGGAGAACAUGCAGACCCUACACAGAUGGGUCCAGGAAUCAAUAUUUAUUCUCAUCUACAUUAUAGCAAAACAACAUUGAAUAAAACAACUUUAUUUGAGGACCUGUUUUACUUGUACGUCUUUGGGAAAAUCUUUCAACUUUUAUUACUCAUAAUGUUCUCAAUAAAAGUGUGUUAAGAAUACAUAUUUCAGGAGGUUUUUUGAGACAAUCAAAUGUGGCAAUGCAUGCAGAAUUAAUAGCCCAUAAGUCAUUUUAUACGGUAUGUUCUUAGUAAUCUACUUUUAAUUGAUAAUUGCUUUAUAAAAUAAUCUGAUUACUUUUGGUAUAAAGGAUAACAUAUUCCACUAAUACUGUGAAGUUUCAGUGAUAUAAACACUUAGAAAUCAUCUGCUCUGUUAUGGAACAAAACAUCUAGAAGUAUCUUUCAGAUUGAAAAAUGUUUUUAAGGUGCUGGAAUAACGGUACCUCUUGCAGAUUUGUCUAGCAUUACCCAAUGCUUGUGAUUGCUAGUAAUAUUAGUGAAAUAAGUAUGCAAAUCUUUUAAUAACUGAAUAGAAUCCUUCCCUGAACAAUUUCCCAGGUGUUAUUGCUGUUGCUAUCUUAUUAAAUAUUCAAUGCCAUCUAUUAUAUCCUAUACAGAGUCAAAUAAUAAGCUUACAUAAACUAAUAUUUAAUAUAAUACUAAUAAAUUUAAGAUGAUAUAAAGCAGAAUAAAAUAACAUUUCAGAAUAAAAAGACUUUGAAGCUUCCCUGUAUUACUUGAUAAGAUUUAGGUACAGUCUCAAGAAAACAUUUUUUUUUCCUUCUUCUGCAUCAGCUCAUCUACAAACCAAUUUAUUUCUGAAAUAGGCCCCAGGGGCAGGCUGGUUGGUGACUGUAAUGGGGGCUAUCUGACUGGCCACUCAAGGAAAUUGCUAUGGACUUUUAAUCUUAUUUUGAUUAAGUUCUGUGCAGAUUGUGUCUGCCAGGCGAGCACUAAGAUUACUGUUUCUGAGAUCUUUUGGUUGCUAUCAGACUGGACUCAAUUUUUUUUCUACAUUCUCAAGGUUAAGUUGAAACAGUAUUACCCAUUAUUUAUAAAUGGUAAGUGUUUAGGUUUUGCCUUGUGUUACAAACUAGAAUGUUAAUAAAAAUACUGUAUUUAACAAGUUGCAAGUUUAUGAAAGUCAUUGUUUUUGAAAGUAAGUUUUAGAUUAAAAAACAAAAGAAAGGAAAAGAAAAAUCUUUUAAGGGGAAACAAUGUCUUUAUGUGUUUAAAGUUUCAAAAGGUAAUUUAUAAAGAAAUCAAAUAUAGUUAAAAAUAACUAAUCAAAGAUGAAUAUUUAGUGUAGAGGAACAUGGAUAUGGAUAAACUGUAGGGUAUUUUAUUUAUCUUUUUCUUUCAGCAAAGAUCUAACUAAAAUUAGAGAAAUGAUGUGUUUUAUUCCAGAACCAUCACAAUACAAACAAUAAUAUGUUGUUUUUCAUCUUGUAUUGGAUAAACACUAUUAAUCCCAUUAAUCCAUUCCUCUUUGCUUCUUCAAUUAAAAUUCUGUGUAUUAUAUAAAUACCUCCCUCUACCCUCUGCAGUGUAGGAGAAUCAGGGAAAUCUCAUCCCAUCUGCCGAAACAGAGAUGUAUCCUGUAUGUACCUUGCCAAUGAUGGCAACUUCUUUUCCUUUGUCGAGAUAUAAUACAAACCCCAGGUUGACACCAUUUAGUUCAUGAUAUCACUUCCAGAUUGAUAUUGGUGGAAAGGUGACUUAAUCUGGCUAAAUCAGAUGCAAGAGAUGGACUUGUGUUCUAUUAUUAGAAUAUGAAUUUCUUGUCUUUCUGUAUAUGAUUAGCAAAGCAUGCUGCAACAAUUGUUCUUAUCAGCAAAGAAAAAUUCUGAUAAGCACCUGGAAAUACGGCACCUGGAAGCCCUCAUGCCUCAGGACUUGAUAAAAGAAUUCAUUAUUGUUAAAGCAAGUUAAGAGCCAGGAUUACUGUUACUUGUCUUGAAAGCAUGUUGACAUCUCCAUUGUUCCAUAUGCCUUGUCAGAAUGAUCUCUGGCUUAGGGAAAACUUUUCAGCUAUCUGCUCUAGCACACUGGUGUGAAAGAUGUGUUAAGGGAGAGGUGAUAGCUUGAUCCUUAGUGCUGUCAGACAUCAGGUGGGUCUUAGAUAGCUCGAAUCAUCAGGUCACUUUUUUCAGCCAUGAGUAGUAUGCUCUACAGCAGUUAUUAAUUUAUAUAAAUGCUGUAGAUUUAAAAAUGGUAGUGAAGUGCUAAUUCAGAGUAUCUGAUUUAUAAUUCAGAGCAAUUCAAUGGGUCAUAGUUAAGUUGGCAGAAGUAUUCUAGUUAUCUCUCCAAAUAUAAUAAUUUUAAAUAUUGUUCACACAAGGAAAAAACCUAACAUCUUUCUCCAUAUCCUUAAAACUCCAGAUAUGAAUUUGAUCAUGCAGUGCUUGUCUUUCUGUGCCUGGCUUAUUUCACUUAACAAAGUGUCCUCCAACUUCAUCCACAUUGCUAAAAAUAACAGCAUUUUAUGGCUGAAUAUUGUUCUGGAGGGGUGGAUAGAUAGAUGAUAAAUAGAUAGAUGAUAGAUAGAUAGAUAGAUAGAUAGAUAGAUAGAUAGAUAGAUAUACAUUUAUACACCACAUUUUCUUUAUCCAUUUGUUGUUAGAUGAGCAUUUAGGCAGAUUCCAUAUCAUGGCUAUUUUGAAUGGUGCUUCAAUAUCCCUGGGUGCAGAUGUCUCUUUGACAUACUAAUUUCAUUUUUUUUGAUUACGUACCCAGUAGUGGGAUUGCUGGGUAAUAUAAUAGUUCUCUUUUUUAUUUUUUGUGGAAACUCCAUACUGCUUUUCAUAACAGCUAUACUAUUUUAAAUUCCCACCAACAGUGUAUAACAUUCCUCUUUCUCCACAUUAUCGUUUCCAUUUGUUAUAUUUUGUCUUCUUGAUAAUAUCCAUCAUUUAAACUGGGAUAAGGUAAUAGCUCAUUGCGGUUUUGUUUUGCAUUUUUCUGAGGCUUAAUGAUGUUGAGCAUUUCUUUAUAUAUUUUUUGGCCAUUUGUAUGUCUUCUUUUGUCCAUUUUUUAAUCAACUUUUUCUUUUGCUAUUGAGUUUUUUGAGUUCCUUAUAUAUUCUGGAUAUCAAACCUGGUUGAAUACAUAGUUUGCAAACACCUUAUCCUGUUCUGUAAUUGUCUCUUCGUUUUAUUGAUUGAUAAGAAGUAGGUUAAUUGUGCUAUAUAAGUGCAAACUUUGUCUAAAGGAGAAUAUGUGUUCUUUGAAGACAAAUGUCCAUUUGUCAAGCCCCCCCGUACUUACUUUUAUGUAGGAAUGCCAAUAUAGGAAGGACCUUUCCGUUUUGAAGCUGUUUGUGAGUAGAUUUUUCUCUUCCCACCAACUGGAGGCUAAAAUGUAAACCAGAGACCCAAGAAUAGCCACUCAUUCCUUGCAUUUUUAACCUUGCAAGGUAAGAAGUAGGCAGAGAGUCUGAAAUUAUUCCUGUCAGAUGGAUAGAUUUUUUGAAUCCAAUGGUAAAGUGGGAAGUGACAAGCUAAAGCAGAGCCCAGCAGCCUUCCAGAAAAUGCCUGUGCAUACUUUGCUGGCAGUGGCCAGCGGUCAUGACUGACAGGACAAUAGCCACAUGAAAAGCAGAACUUCCUUUUUCUGAUAUUGGUUCUGACUUGCUCUCUGAUUCCUGCCUGAGGCUGGUUCACCUACUUUUUUUUUCAAUUCUAAGAGCUGCGUUGUCCUUUUCCAACGCAUUCAUUUUUGCCUGCUUUAAAUUCCAAGUAAUUUCUAUUGUCUUUAAACAACUGCCUACCUAAAAUAAUUAUUAAAUAUAUAGCUAAAACACUAAAUUAAAUAAACUUACAUUGUUUUCCUUGCUGUAAGAAUUCUCUAAGCCUUUCUUAUUUUAAUACGCAUCAUGAACCUCCAGUUGAGGCAAUGUGCAACACAUUUUGAGAGACAUGAUCUACCUGUUGGAAUCUUAACAUUUAGAACAGAUAUAUUGAUCAGUGUAUAAUUUUUGGAUUAUCAAAGGUGGGAAUAAAAUUGAGCUAUAAUAUAUAAAAUAAGAGGAUUUAUACAUGUUUGUUUUUUUACUCCCCAUCUCACCUGCUACUUCUUUAUGGAUAACAGUUAUCCCACUUGAUGGAAUUUUUCUCUUUUCAUCCAUUACUUUUUUAUUUAAAGUAUUCCCUCUCCUAGGAUGUAAGUUUCUAUAGACUGAAAUGUUGUUAUUUAAUGGUAAUAAGCCUUAUUUUCAGGCUGCUUUACAGAAUUUUGGCUUUGUCUUUUGUUUUCUUCAUUGUACUUUUCUUACUCCACUCAGAAUUUGUUGACCUUCCUAAAUCUGCUUAUAUCUGUCUUCAAUCAGUACUAAAAACAUUCUCUAUUAUUUCCUUAGUCAUUGCCUUUGUCUCUCUUUUCCUGGUAAAGUUUAGACAUAUAUUAACGUUUAACUCUAUCCUUUGUAUCUUGAAACUUUUCUUCAAUAAUUUAUUUUCUUUCUUCCUACUGCACUUCGUUAAUUUUCUAGUAGUUCUCUGUUACUUCUAGCAGGUAUUUCCUUUCUAAAUCUACCAUGAUCAUAUUUGUAUUUUCCUGUGUGCAUCUUUAAGCCUAUGUUUUGUUCUUUAACUUCUGUCUGAUAAUUCUAUUAUUUAAAUUGUUUUUCUUGUCUGUCGAUUUGUUUCUGGAUGUUAUUAUCCUUAACAAUAUACUGAUUCUUCUCUGUGUAUGUGUGUCUCUCUCUCCAUCUCUCUCUAAACACAUGCACACAAACUCUCUCUCUCUCUCUCAUGUAUGCUAUAUUGCAUACAAAUGAUUUACCAAAAUAAUUGACUUUAUUUUCAAAACAGACCUACAAGUUAGUUACUUUCAUAUUCACGUUACAGUUGAGGAAACUGAGACUCAAAGGGAAAAAUGACUUGGCCAAGUUUAUACACCCAAUUAGUGUCAGGAUAGUUUAAGAUUACCUUGUUGUCUACUAUGGAGAUAAGUUCCUCCAGAAGUUUUGCUUAUGCAAGCAUUACCCAUAUCAGAUCAUCUUAAAUCAGGGUGAAAAUAUCAGUAUCUGAACAACUCAGAUUUGGUCCCAGACUUCAAGUAUGCUCAAGAGCUGGUUCUUGUUUUCUCCUUCAUUGGAGUGUAUUAACCUUAUGAUUCUAGCUUAGAAUAGCAAAAGUCUCUGGGCAGGCUCUCUAUAUUUUGUCAGCCAUAGACUAUAAUUUCUGUCUUUUUCAUCUGAGAAUUCUAUCUGAAUAAAAGUUAACUUGGCUUGCAAGGAAAAGUUCCCCAAAUUCAGUGACAGUUUUCCUCUUUGAGCUCCCAUCUUCUUUAACUCUUAUCAUGUUUUUCUGGUAGCUCUGUUCUGCUUCUUCGUUUGACUUCCAUUGAAUUGGGUAACUUUUUUUUUCCUCUUCCCGAUGUACAUAAAUGACUUAAGGUAUAUCAAUAUCACUAUAUUCUCUAUAACACACAAAUAACUAGCAUAAAUACGUUGCAUUUAGACAGUAUAGUCUAAAUACAAGUUCCCUGUCCUAUUUUGUAGGUCUUUGAAUGUUGUUUAAAAAAAUGCAACUAAGACAUGUUAAAUUUCACUAAGUUUAUUUGACCAAGAAAAAGGUUUGAGAAGUAGGCACCAUCCCAGAACAAAGAUUGUUCAGAGUGACUCCACAUCCAGAGUGGUGAGAUGUAUUUAUAACCAGAACAUAUAAAAUUAUAUUCAGAGUUUCCCUGAUUGGUGCAGUUCAAUAUUUGCCUUAUUUGGGCAUAAUUUGGCAGCAUUCAGCCUAGGAUUGACUAAGGGUUUGGCUCCUAUGAUUGGUUGAGUCUCAGUUGCUUGGUUACAAGUCCAUAUAUCUACAUUAGCUUACU